GAAACACUCCUCCUCUUCUCCUCUUUCAUAAGCCUCCUCCUCUACUCUCUUAGCUCAGUCUGUCUGGAACUCUUGACGGAACUUGUCUUCACUUCCUGGGACUUCUCUCUAUCAUGACUCGGAUUUGUCCGUCCGUCUCUAUGUGGCUGCUGUUUGUGCUGCAGGCUGUUGCCGUGGUUAAGGCCCACUGGAUUCCACCUCCAAAACCCCUGAGGGAAAAUGUAGACUACACUCAACUGGAAUAUGUUGCCAUGAUUCACUCCGAUUUUGAUGAUGGGAAAGGGAAUAUUGAAUACUCUCUAGAAGGCAUUGGCGCAAACAACGUGCCCUUCCAUGUGUUUGUUGUCGACCCUACGAGUGGAUACAUUCGUGUCACCAAAGUUCUUGACAGGGAAAGCAUGGCUGAGUACAAACUGGCAGGUGUUGCUAGAUACAAGGAUGGCACCCUUGCAGAGAACAACGUUGACAUACGAUUCAAGGUUGAAGAUGACAACGACAACGCUCCAGUGUUUCAAGCCAUGCAGUCCGGGGCGGUGAAAGAGCUCAGUAAUGCAGGGACUACAGUUAUGAGAGUAAAUGCAACUGAUGCGGAUGAACCAAGGAAUGAGAACUCUCAGAUCACGUAUCGCAUCCUAAAUCAGACACCAGAUCAUGGCUUUUUUGACAUUAAAAGCGAUGGGACCAUCUUUGUCGCAAAGUCUGGCCUGGACAGAGAGAAAACAGAUCAGUACGUUCUGACGGUGAGAGGUCAAGACUUAAAUGGCAAACCAGGGGGAAACACAGGCACCGGCACAGUCACCAUCAACAUCCUGGACGUGAAUGACAACCCCCCCACUCUGGAAAAAAACGAGUAUCAAGGCAGCAUUGAGGAGAACACACAGAAUGUGGAGGUGAUGAGGCUCAAAUCACAGGACCUGGACCAGAAGAACACAGAAAACUGGGAAGCUGUGUAUGAAAUUGUCCAAGGCAACGAGGCCGGGUACUUCAGCAUUAGAACAGACCCCGUCACCAAUGAGGGCAUCCUAAUGCUCGACAAGGCUGUGAACUAUGAAGAUGUGAAGGACCUUAACCUAGGCCUCAUUGUGAAGAACAAGGCUCCAAUGUUUGAUGGAUCUGGGGCAGGUUCUGGAGCUGGUGUAGGUUUUGGAGGGGGAGCAGGUGGGGGUGGGGGAGCAGGUGGGGCAGGGGGAGCAGGUGGGGCAAGUGGGGCUAGUGGGGCAAGUGGGGCAAGUGGGGCAAGUGGAGCAAGUGGAGCAAGUGGGGCAAGUGGAGCAAGUGGGGCAAGUGGAGGAUCAUCAUGGCAAGGUGGGACCAAAUUUGUAACCUAUCCGAUCAAAAUCAAUGUGGUGAACCAGCGCGAGGGGCCAGCUUUUUCCCCAAAGAUCAAAACAAUUCCCAUGACAGAAGGAGGCACCACCUUCAACACGAAUGAUGUCGUCGGCCAGUACCAGGCAAUAGAUGUAGACACUGGGAAACCAGCUGAGAAAGUCAGGUAUGCCAAGGGCUUGGACCCUGACAACUGGCUAACUGUCGACCCUUUGACAGCUAAAAUCAAACUGAACAAGAAGCCCGAUAGAGAAUCUCCAUACCUGGUCAAUGGGACAUAUAUUGCACAAGUACUCUGCAUUUCAGAAGACUUGCCUGCUAAAACAGCCACCGGCACAGUAGCCAUCCAGGUGGAAGAUUUUAAUGACAACUGCCCCUUCCUGACAACUGACUCCCACACUAUGUGCACCACUGAUGUUUCUGUCAUUGUGAACGCUGAAGAUAAAGAUUCCUUCCCAAACGGACCUCCUUUUGACUUUGUCAUCAUCCCAGAGGGCACUCGGGGCAAAUGGCAGGUGACGCCUUUAAAUGACACUGCAGCUACCCUGACUGCCCAGGAGUCCAUUUGGCCUGGAUUCUACGAGGUGAAAGUUGCGGUGAUGGACAAGCAGGGAUUGGCCUGUCCAGACCCACAACAAUUGACGGUCCAAGUCUGUACCUGUGCCGACGGCAUGGUGUGUGGGAACCAACGCACCAGCAAAGCAGUAGAGUUCGGACCUGCAGGCAUCGGACUGCUGUUCCUGGGCCUGCUGCCUCUCCUACUACUUUUUCUGAUGCUGCUGUUCUGCAAAUGUGGGGGUGCUGGGGGCUUUGCUGAGAUGCCUUUCGACACCAAAUCACACCUCAUUAACUACCACACUGAGGGCCAGGGAGAGAACACGGAGGUGCCGCUGCUGAACAUGCCAACACAAAUGGAUGGAAAUAUGUUCAAUGUGAAUAUGGGCAUGGCUAACAAUACUUCAGCAAUGGCAGGUUUGGAUUUCCAGAGAUCCGUUACUUCCAUGGAUGGGAUGAACGGAGGCGUCUAUCAAGAAGGUUUUGUAAGUGGCCUUAGAGAAGGGUCAAGGGGGAUGCUGGCCCAGCAGAGAGGCAGUGGUUUCUACUCUGAGUUUGAGGGCAGAGAAUCGGGAGCAGGUAGAGAGAUGUAUGACGGCAUCGCUCUGCCAGACCACUUCCUGGCACAGUACUACAAUCAGAAGGUGGCCAGUGGAAAUGACAACCUUGGAGGAAAGGACUGCCUUUUAGUUUAUGACUACGAGGGCAAGGGCUCGCCUGCUGGCUCAGUGGGCUGCUGCAGCCUCCUGGAGUCUGAAAAUGACCUGCAAUUCCUUGAUGACCUUGGGACAAAGUUCAAGACCCUGGCUGAAGUGUGCGGAGGAAAGAAGAUCCCAACUGAAGUAAAACAAGCAUUCACUCCUUUGCCCAGUGCUUCCUUCAACACUCCGACCUCAGUAUCAAGUUUGAACACUGUAGCCCAACAGCUGCCCCCUCCACCCAAGCCGCAGCCCAGAGCCCCUAAGGCCGUGGUAAGUGAGACAGUGCAGAAAAGCACAGCCACAGUUAGGGAAGGGAAGACUACAGUGACAGAAGGGAUGACUACAGUGAAGGAAGGGAUGGCAACUCAAGGCCAGAUGGUCUUGCUACAGCAGCCGGCUCAGCAGCCUGUCUACUACACCACCGCCCCUGUGAUGCAGCCGAUGCACUACGUAGUCCAGCCACAGGUUCAGAACACAGUGCUGCUGGCUGAGGCACCAGCCACCAACAUGCAGAACAUGGUACUGGUUAACGGCACCCAAACUGGUCCGGCCCAAGGCAUGGUUUUUCAGAACCAGACGGUGAUGUCCAGCAGACAAGCCCAGGGCCCCCACAUGAUGCUGGUGGAGAGGAGCGGGGUCCAGGGGAGCGGUGCCAACAUGAUCCAUGCUGGCAACCUCUCUGGCUCCCAGACCAUGAUGGUCAUGGAUGGCAUGGUCCCUGCUGGGUCAAUGAAACACCUGUCGGGGAGUCAGACCUAUCUCGUGCAGGGGGGCAAUCUGCAGCAGUCAGGAGGACAUUCUGGAUCGCAGAGGGUCCUGCUGGUCGGGGGGCCAAAGAGCAGCGCAGGUCAGCUGGUCCAGGAGGCAGGAGGUCAAUCUCAGAAAAGGGAAAUCUCCGACUCUCAGAGAGUCCUCUACAGCAGCCCUUUGGCUGGUCCUCAAAGCAGCGUGACGAGUUCCUCUACCACCAGAGUGAGCGGAACCCCCACCUACCGCAAGGUGGUGGUGCAGGAGAAAACCACUGAAUUGUGAAAAAAAAAUGUAAAUGCAGUUUAAACUUAUGGCAAGGCAACUUGUCAAGUAUUUUUAUGAGAGACUCCAUGCAUGUUCAUGUCAGUUUAUUUGUGGACUGUGUGCUUCAGCAGUUUGAACCAGAAUGAAGCAUCCUGUUCCCGCAUGAUACCACUGCUUCUUCUUGACACCGACAUAUGCACCCAGAAAAACAAGCCCAUCAAUCUUGGAUUCAAGAAUAUUUGAUAUUGUGUGUUAAUAUUUUUAUGUUUAUAUUCACAGUUUUCUGGAUAAUUUCAUUUCCAAACACAUAGUUGCCAUAUCUUUAGAAAAAGGUGCUUUGUUUCUGUCCACUGUUUGUUUUGGCAAAAAUAUUUUUGUGAUGGUAAGUUUAGUUUGCCAUGCUGGCAAUACUGUUAGUCUGUCAGUCCACUAAUCUUUAGCUUAGACUAUUAUAUUUAAUAAUUCUGUUAAAGCAGAAGCACUUUUAAGCAAUAAGAU